GGGUCAGCCUCUUGAUCUGUCCAAGGCGGCAAAGGCACAAAAGGGUCAGCCUCUUGAUCUGUCCAAGGCGGCAAAGGCACAAAAGGGUCAGCCUCUUGAUCUUUCCCCGGCAUAUACUCGAUCUAAAUGUCUACCGGCAAAUUCUGGAUAUCAAUGACUCCCUGAGCCCGUUGAUUCUCCUUCUCCAUAAUCUUGUCCGGCAAAUACUCGAUCUUAAUUUUCUCCACCAGGCAAACUCUGGAUCUCAAACACCCCCUCCCUGAGACCGUUGAUUCUGGAAGAGAGCUUGUUGAUUCUUCUUCUCCAUAAUCUUCCCCGGCCCCGGAAAAUUCUCUAUCUUCAAGUGUCCCGGCAAAUUCAACAAGGGGAAAACCUCUUGAUCUUUCUUCUUCUCCAUAAUCCCCGGCAAAUUCAAACCAGUCAAUUACACGGCUGAAGCCCAUCUUCGACGCAAAAGAGAAAUGUUGUAUUUAUAAAUACUCAAUUUGGGCCUGCAGUAAAGUUAACAGCCCAAUAAGAGACUAAACGGUGUCGUUUCGUGCAGUUAGUACUCUAUUUGAAUUCUGUGGCGCUUUUAUAAUUCCCGAGAAAUCCAUAUCGAUUUUGGCGGUCAAAUGAAGCCGGAGACUCUCCUCCGACGACCGCAGACGAAUCGGAAACUAACCACCGGCUGUAAAAUUCUCGACGGAUGUCUUCGCGGCGGGAUUCCCUGCGAUUCUCUGACGGAAAUCGUGGCGGAGAGCGGCUGCGGAAAGACACAACUCUGCCUUCAGCUCUCGCUCUCUGCCCAGCUUCCGAUUUCACUCGGCGGACUCAACGGUUCUUCUCUUUAUCUCCACUCCGAGUUUCCUUUCCCUUUUCGCCGUCUUCAUCAGCUAUCUCGAUCGUUUCAUCAAUCAAACCCUAGUAUUUACGCGAAUCACAGUGAUAACCCUUGUGAUCAUGUCUUUGUUCAAAAUGUUCAUUCUGUAGACCACCUGUUCGACAUAAUGCCUAGGAUUGAUGGGUUUAUUAAGAAUUCGGGAAAUAGGUUACCUUUGAAGCUGAUUGUGCUUGAUUCUGUAGCGGCCUUGUUUAGAUCGGAAUUUGAUAAUACUCCGUCUGAUCUAAGGAAGAGAUCUUCUUUGUUUUUCAAGAUAUCAGGGAAGUUGAAGCAGUUGGCUAAUAAGUUUGGUUUGGCUGUUGUGAUUACGAAUCAGGUUACUGAUUUGGUUGAAACAUCUGAUGGGUUAAGUGGGUUGAGGAUUGGGAAUUUGAGGUAUUUGUGUUCGUCUGGUAGACGAGUUGUUCCUGCUUUAGGCUUGGCUUGGGCUAAUUGUGUGAAUUCUAGAUUUUUCAUCUCUCGAAGUGAUGAGACUAUCUGCAAGGAGAGAAGUGAAAAUGAUGAGAGCGGUUCGAUUUAUGUGUCUAGAAGAGCUCAGAGACGUUUUGACAUUGUUUUUUCACCUUAUUUGCCUGCUUCUUCUUGCGAGUUCAUGAUCACACGAGAAGGGAUUUGUGGGGUUCAAGCGUAGGUGAACU